AAUUUUAUAUUUUAUUAUUGCAGCUUAUUCACCCAUGAGCGACAACAGAUUAAUGAUGGAACCAUCAAAAGAGUUUGUAUUCAAUUACAAAGGGUUUUAUUUUGCUGUAAAUACUACACCUGAGUACGUAGCUUCCCUGGAGAAUUUUGAAAUUAAGGACAGUGACAUAUUUAUAGCUACUUAUCCAAAAUCAGGAACUGUGUGGACUCAGAAUAUUUUGAGCUUAAUACUCCAUGAAGGCCACCGUAAUGGAACAGAAAAUAUGGAGACCAUGGACAGAAUCCCCUGGGUGGAAUAUAAUAUAAAAAAUAUGGAUUAUGCAAAUCUUCCUUUGCCUCGAGUUUUUGCCACUCACCUGCCUUACUACUUAACUCCAAAAGAACUGAGAAACAAAAAGGGCCGUGUUAUUUAUGUCACCAGGAACCCUAAGGACGUGUUGGUUUCUUAUUAUCACUUCUCCAAAUUCAUCCGAACACUAGAGAAAAUUCCAGAUUUUAACAUUUUCAUGGAGAGAUUUUUAGCUGGAAAAGUGCUUGCCAGUGCCUGGUUCGAUCAUGUUUCAGGCUGGUACAAUCAUGCAAAGGAUUUCAAUAUACUCUUCCUGACCUACGAGGAGAUGAAAAAGGAUCUCAGAAGCACUGUGCUGAAAAUCUGCAACUUCAUAGGCAAGAAGCUGAGUGAAGAAGAAAUAGAAAGUGUUGUGAGACAGGCUACAUUUGAGAACAUGCAAAAAGAUCCCAGGGCAAACUACGAGAACAUGCCAGAUGACAUCGCAAUCAAAGGGAAGGGCAGAUUUCUACGGAAAGGCACCAUUGGAGACUGGAAAAACACGAUGACAGUGGCUCAGAGUGAAAGGUUUGAUGAAGUCCUUAAAGAAAAAAUACAGACCCUGCCUAUCAAAUUCACCUGGGAUACAGAGAGCGAAAUGUAGCCUGGCUUUGAGUUUUGCCACUCUUUGGCGUUCAUCACGGAUGGACACGCUUGACCUUAUGGAAGAACAGAAUACGAUCAUAUUCAACUGUGUUGUAGAGAUAGUAAAUAGAAGAACUCAUUCAGAAAAUGUGACUUAUCUGAAGGAGCUAUUCAAUUCCAUCAGUUUCCUGUUUGUAAUUUUAUGAAUUAUUUUAGUUAAUUUUCAUAGUAAACCACAAGUUCCAUUCUUCAGGAUUGCAUUUACAUUCACUGGCUUUAAUAACACCCCAGUUAUAGACAGCCAAAUGAACUAGCCCUAAUGUUGCAUGUUCUGAUGCUGCCUAAUGACUGAAACAAUUCACUACACUGUCUGUUACAGUUCUUCAGGUCAUAUUUGACAAUUUGCCCCUUGAACUUUUGAGAAAAAAACACGUCAUCGUCAUAGCA